AUGGACGCAGAAAUUCAUCCAGAGAUGAGACCAUCGUUCACUUUCCCUUCGCCUCAAGUCAGAGUCGACCAACAUGACGAUGGCUCUGGCGAUAAACCUCCCCCACCACUCGUCCAUCACCUAAGUUCUUCAUUUCUCGAGUCCUCUCCGGCAUCACAAGAGAACCCCAAGCGCCCAUCGAGAAGUCAAGGUGCGAAACUAUCACUAGCAUCAAGCAAUGUCUUAUUGGGCUCACCAGUUCCACAGGAAACUCUUGAUGCGCAGACACAGUUUGGGGAUGAGGAUGCCGAUGGCUGCUCCCAUCAUCGAGUAAACCAGUAUACAAUCUUGGAAGAAAUCGGCAGAGGUUCUUAUGGCGCUGUUCAUCUUGCAAAGGACCAAUUCGGAAAUGAAUAUGCCGUGAAAGAGUUCUCCAAGGCUCGACUCAGAAAACGCCUCCAAUCCACUAUCCUCAGACAGGGUCCUCGAGGCCCAAGGCGUAUGGGCCCUGGCGGUCGAGAUCCCUUCAAUUCAGUGCCCCGGGUCAAAGACUCCAAUGAUGCCCUCCACCUCAUUCGAGAGGAAAUUGCCAUUAUGAAGAAACUAAACCACCCCAAUCUAGUACAGCUCUACGAGGUUCUUGAUGACCCCGAGGAAGAUUCCAUCUAUAUGGUCCUAGAGAUGUGCCGAAAGGGUGUCGUUAUGAAGGUCGGCCUUGACGAACACGCCAACCCCUACCCUGAGGAAAACUGCCGCUUUUGGUUCCGAGACCUUAUAUUAGCUAUUGAGUAUCUUCAUGCUCAGGGUGUCAUCCACAGAGACAUCAAGCCAGAUAACCUGCUCUUAUCUAACGAUGACGUGCUCAAGGUCGUUGAUUUUGGAGUUUCUGAGAUGUUUGAAAAACCCGAAAACAUGAGAACAGCAAAAUCUGCAGGAUCACCCGCCUUUCUUCCCCCUGAACUUUGUGGGAAGCAUGGUGACGUGUCGGGCACCGCUGCUGAUAUUUGGUCCAUGGGAGUUUCGCUCUACUGCCUCAAGUAUGGGCGCAUUCCAUUCAACCGUGACGGCGUCUUGGACAUGUACGACGCUAUCAGGACCGAUGAACCUUCCAUCCCCGAGGACGAGAACCCGGACUUUGUCGACCUCAUGCAGAAGCUACUCAACAAAGACCCGGAGCAGCGCAUAACCAUGGACAAACUUCGAGAGCACCCCUGGGUCACCAAGCAGGGUACGGACACUCUCCUCUCCGCUGAAGAGAACUGUGCCAACAUGGUGGAACCUCCAAAUGAGCUUGAGGUUAACCGUGCCUUUACUCGCAAGAUGAAUCACCUCCUUUGCGUCAUGAAAGCCAUCCAUCGCUUCAAGUCCAUUCUGGCCAAACACCGGGCCAGAUCUAACAGUAGCCCGCGUAAAGACGGCGAAGGUACCUUUGACGCGUCCCAGGAAAGGGCAAAGGCAGAGGUGAUCGAGGCGUUGCUGUAUCAGCGGCGCAAGUUUCUGAAUCAAAAGAGAGAUGAAGGCAGCCAAAUCCCGCCAAUACACGAAACUGUGGGAAACAAUACCCCAUUCUUGGGAAUCGGCACAGGAACAAUGGACGAGUUCGCUUCCAAUGAGGCUACUCCAGAUAUGGUUUCCGAUUCGCCAACGGCAGUUGACUUCAACGUGUAUGACCGAGCGUAUGAAACUGCUAUAGAGAACAUCACGUCUGGCCAGAAUGAUUCUUCAAGAAGACCGACAGUAUAUUUGACCAAGUUCGUCAAAGAGACACAUAAACUGAAGGGGGUCCCUGGGCUCACUGGGAGUGAAGAAUUCUCCGAGAAUUCAGAUGGCCAACAGAAAUCGGGGCCCGCAGCCAAGCUUUCGCACCUCACAUCCAAGCUUGGCCUCUCAGGGAAGCAAUAA